AAAUGCACCUCUCACACCUCCACAUAAUGUCCUUCCCCUACCAUUUGUAAUACAUUCAAAUCAUACUAUAUAUUGAGACCAAUUAUACAUGAGUUUCUCCAUCCUAUAAUUUCAAGUAUCAUAGUAAAGUUUAGUGGGAAAAAAUGGGUUCUAAGACAUUUAUGUUCCUUGGCCUUUUUUUGGCUAUUUAUGUAAUGAUAAGCUCUGAGGUUGUAGCUAAAGAGUUGAGUGAGACUUCAGAAGAUAAGCCAAAGAAAUCCAAUAACAAGAAUGUAGUACAUGAAGACCAAUUUGGUGGCUACCCUGGUGGCGGAUACCCCGGCGGUGGUGGCGGAUAUCCUGGCGGUGGUGGUGGAUACCCCGGUGGUGGUGGCUACCCUGGUGGGGGCGGAGGCUACCCCGGAGGUGGAUACCCUGGCGGUGGCCGCGGUGGUGGUGGUGGCUACCCUGGCGGCGGUCGUGGUAGAGGCAGAUAUCCCGGUGGUGGCCGCGGUGGUCGCGGACGUGGUGGAUAUCCUGGCGGCGGACGAGGUGGUGGUGGAUACCCUGGCGGUGGACGUGGCGGCGGUGGAUACCCUGGCGGUGGACGUGGUGGUGGUGUAGGGUACUGCCGCAAUGGUUGUUGCAACGGCAAUAACUAUGAGUGCUAUAGUUGCUGUUCGUGGUUGUGGUGGAUAACCGGUGGUCAUGGUGGUGGCGGAUACCAUGUGGUGGUGGACGACGUGGAGGAUACCACCGGUACGGUUGCUGCCGCCGUGAUUACUACGGUUGCUAUAGAUGUUGCUCCUACAAAGGUUAAAUUCAACAUCUUUUACUUACCAACCAAAUACACCAUAAAUGUCCUUCACUUCAAUCUAAAAAAUGCAUUGAAAUCUUACUAUAAAUAUAGCCAAAUGAUGCCUCACUUUCUUCAUCCUUCUAUAAAUUACAAACUACAAAAAAAAAAAAGAAUGGAUUCCAAAGCAUUUCUAUUUUUUGGUCUUUUUUUGGCUAUUUUCCUAAUGAUAAGCUCUGAGAUUUUAGCUACUGAGUUGGCUGAGAACUCUAAGAAAUCUGAAAACAAGAAUGAAGUACAUGAAGCCCAAUACGGUGGAUAUCCUGGUGGUGGUGGUGGAUAUGGACGCGGUGGUGGUGGUGGAUAUGGACGCGGUGGUGGUGGAGGAUAUGGACGUGGUGGUGGAUACGGACAUGGUGGUGGUGGUGGAUAUGGACAUGGUGGUGGUGGUGGAUAUGGACACGGUGGUGGUGGAUACGGACACCGUGGUGGCGGUGGUGGUGGACGACGUGGUGGAUACUGCCAGUAUGGUUGCUGUGGCCAUGGUGACAAUGGUUGCUAUAGGUGUUGCUCCUAUAAAGGUGAGGCAAUGGACAAAGUUACUCAAGCUAAGCCACACAAUUAAUUAAUUAUGUGUGGAGUACGUAGUAUAUUAUAUUAAAACUUUUGUAAUGGCAAUUAUGUAAUAUUAUUAGCAAUGCUCUUUCUACUUUAGAGCUUGCUAUAAUAUUACUAAAAAUGUAUUGAAUAAAAGCCAUGUUGUAGUAAUUUUAUUAUCAAUAUUUUAUCAUGAUAUUCAUAUU